GGGUUAUGCUGUUAUGCCAACAAAACGCUUGUUGUUUGCCGUAUUUGCCUGAUAUUUUCAUCUUUAAAUAAUCAUUUUAAAAACAAGAUGAGUCGCAGACGUCCCCAUGAAGAUGACGAUGGAUACGAGCGAGCCUAUAGAAAAAGGCGACGUGUAUCAGAAAACCAAGAAAUAGAAGACAGACUGGAAUCCCUCAUCCUCAGAGUAGGAGAAAAAAGCACUUCUUCUCUGGAAAGCAAUCUAGAAGGUUUGGCCAGUGUUCUAGAAGCAGAUUUGUCCACUUUUAGAGCUAAAAUACUGAGAAUCCUCACAGAAUGUGCAAUUCGAAUGCCAGAAAAAUGCACUAUUUACACAACCCUAGUGGGACUUUUGAACGCUAAAAAUUUCAAUUUUGGUGGAGAGUUUGUGGAGUACAUGGUCAAAACUUUCAAGGAAUCCCUCAAAACCUGCAAAUGGGAUGCAUCUAGAUAUGCCUUGAGGUUCCUUGCUGACUUGGUCAAUUGCCAUGUAAUUUCAGCUACUUCCCUCAUCCAGCUCUUGGAUAACAUGAUUGACACUGCAAAUGAGGACAAUGUUCCCCAAGUCAGAAGGGACUGGUAUGUGUUUGCAAUUUUGAGUACCCUGCCCUGGGUAGGCAGAGAGUUGUAUGAGAAAAAAGAAAAAUCUCUGGAACACCUCAUGGUGCAAAUUGAGGUUUUCUUGAACAAAAGAUCCAAAAAGCACCACAAUGCCUUGAGAGUGUGGGCUGUUGAUGUGCCUCAUCCUCAGGAGGAGUAUUUGGAUUGUUUGUGGGCUCAGGUGAGAAAGUUGAGGCAAGAUAAUUGGGCUGAGAAGCAUAUACCCAGGCCUUAUCUGGCUUUUGAUUCAAUUUUGUGUGAGGCUCUGCAGCAUAAUUUGCCUUCUAUCAUACCUCCUCCUCAUCAUGACAGUUAUCAGUACCCUAUGCCAUGGGUUGUGUUCAGACUUUUCGACUACACUGAUUGCCCGGAAGGCCCCAUUUUACCCGGAGCGCAUUCAGUGGAAAGAUUUCUGAUAGAAGAACACCUGCACUCUAUCAUCGAAUUGUACCAUCUGGAGAGGAAAGAUUGCGCUGCACACCUUCUGAAUUUUCCCUACAAAUUGAAAAUUCCACUCGAAUAUUGCAUUGUCGAAGUCAUAUUCGCUGAAUUGUUCCAUAUGCCUACGCCUAGAUAUCUCGAAAUAGCUUAUGGCGCGAUUCUGAUCGAGCUGUGCAAGUUACAACCGUCCACCAUGCCGCAAGUGUUAGCGCAAGCCACCGAAAUGCUCUUCAUGCGCAUCGACACGAUGAACGUGUCGUGUUUCGACAGGUUCGUCAACUGGUUCUCGUACCAUCUGAGCAACUUCCAGUUCAGAUGGUCCUGGGAGGACUGGGACUCCUGUCUGCUGUUGGACGAGGACCAUCCGAAGCCGAAGUUCAUCAGGGAGACGAUGCUGAAGUGCUUGAGGUUGUCAUAUUACCAAAGAAUCCGUGAAAUUUUGCCGGAAAGUUUUGGCAAGUUCAUUCCAGAAAAACCAGAACCAGAAUACAAAUAUGCCCAAGAGGGUGCCGCCUCCCUACCAGGCACCUCUUCUGCUCAUCAGCUAGUCGUCUCGAUACGUCAAAAGUGCACCCCCGAAGAGGUCCUUGCGGUACUCAAAGACCUCCCCAAUCCCCGAUCCGACGACGAGGACGGUCGCUUCAACCCUCUCAAGAUCGACGUUUUCGUCCAAACUCUACUCAAUUUGGGCUCGAAGAGCUUCUCGCACAGUUUCGCGGCCAUCUCCAAGUUCCACUACGUGUUCAAGAUCUUGGCCGAGUCUGAGGAAGCUCAGAUUUGCGUGCUGAGGAACAUGUUCGAGUUGUGGCACAAGCACCAGCAAAUGAUGAUUGUUCUUAUCGACAAGAUGCUCAAGACGCAAAUUGUCGAGUGCUCAGCGGUGGCCAACUGGAUUUUCUCCAAGGAAAUCUCCUCCGAAUUCACCAAGAUGUACCUGUGGGAGAUCCUUCAUUUGACAAUAAAGAAGAUGAACAAGCACGUGAUCAAAUUGGGCGCCGAAUUGACGGACUCUAGAGAAAAAUUGGCGCGCGCCGAAUCGAGUGACAGCGAUUCGGAAGAGGAUGAAUCGAAGAAGAAAGGCGAUGAUCUGGAAAAACCGACCGAAGAAAUGGUCGAACGCAUGGAGGAGAAACUCGAGGCGGCUCAAGCCGACCAGAAGAACCUCUUCCUGAUCAUCUUCCAAAGGUUCAUCAUGAUCUUGUCCGAGCACCUGGUCAGGUGCGACACGGACGGCAAGGAUUACGGCACGCAUUGGUACAAAUGGACGAUCGGCAGGCUGCAGCAGGUGUUUUUAGCUCACCACGAACAAGUCCAGAAAUACAGUUCGACGUUGGAAACUUUGUUGUUUACGCAAGACUUGGAUCACCACAUCCUCGAAAUAUUUCAACAGUUCGUGUCGCUACGAGCAUAGUCGUUUUAUUUUUGUAAUGAAAGAGUAUUAGCAUUAGGAUUUAUGUAAAUCUAUGAUUCGUUUUGUAAAUUUAUAAUUCGAUUUAAUUUACAUGACACGUUUGUACGGGGGUGAACGGACUUGAGUUUUCUAUGUUGGCAUCACUGUGAAUCAAGCCGCUGUCAAUUGUCAUUUUGACAAUAUAUCAAGAGAAUAUACAGGUUAUAUUAUGCUUUAUUUAUAGUUGUGCGAACAUAGGAAGCUCAACUCGGAUCAUCCAUUAUUUUCGAGACUUUCGACGGUACAGAGUUGAAUGAAUAAAGAGUUUUUAUCGUCA